AUGGAGUUGGGGAAAGUCCACCUGAAUCUAAAGACACUGCUGCUGACGAUGAUGAUGUUCAAAUGGGGAAUCCUCUGCACAGCCACUUCGGACAAAUGUGUGUCCGCUCCGUGCCAGAAUGGAGCGACCUGCGUGGACAACAUGGACAACUACGCGUGUAUCUGUGCUCGGGACGGGGUCCGGCACAUGGGCAAAAACUGCGACGAGCUCUAUGACGCCUGCUCCUUUGCACCGUGUGAGGACUGUACCAGCACACCGGGCACCACGGAGUACCGCUGCGUCUGCCCGGACGGACUCACGGGGGACAACUGCACGGAAGAGGUGGACGAGUGUCAGAGCAACCCGUGCUCCGAACCCCGCUCCCUGUGCGUGGACCAGCUGAACGGGUACUUCUGCAGGUGUCCCGCUGGGUACGGAGGACAGGGCUGCGGGACGCAAGUGACCGACUGCGUCGACGAGCCCUGCAGGAACAACGGGACCUGCGCGCUGCAGCCGGAGGGCUUCGAGUGCCGCUGCACGCCGGGGUUCGAGGGGAAAACCUGCGAGGAGGACGUGAACGAGUGCGCGUCAGAGCCCUGUCAGAACGGGGCCAUCUGCAUGGACGGGGUGGCAGAGUUCCACUGCUUCUGCGUGCCCGGGUUCCAGGGCUACACCUGCGAGAUCGACAUCAACGAGUGCGCUUCUCGGCCCUGUGAGAACAACGCCACCUGCAUCAAUGAGAAGGACCACUACGAGUGCGAGUGUCUGGAGGGCUUUGCAGGAGUCAACUGUGAAACCGAGAUCGAUGAGUGCGAGUCCGGCCCCUGCCACAACGGGGCCACCUGCCGCGACCUGAUCGCUGCGUACUCCUGUGAGUGUCUGCCCGGGUUCGAUGGCGUCGACUGCGAGAUCGACGUGGACGAGUGCGCCAGCGAGCCCUGCCGGAACGGAGCCGUCUGCCACGACAUGGUGAACAGCUAUGAAUGUGACUGCAGUGAUACAGGAUUCCAGGGGGACUACUGUGAAGUGGACAUUCCCGAGUGUGCCUCUGAUCCCUGUCAGCAUGGUGCCUCGUGUUUAGAGGGAGUCAACGAAUACACUUGCCUGUGCUGGCCAGGUUACGAAGGACCGAACUGCGAGAUCGAUAUCGACGAGUGUGCCGAGCAGCCCUGUGAGAACAGCGGGGAGUGCUUUGAGCGUUCGGAUCCGUCUCACUGGGAGCUCGACUGGGAGCUCAGCUUUGCGGAUGCAGUGGGAUACAUCUGCCAGUGUCAGCCGGGGUUUGCAGGCGAGAACUGCUCCGUCAACAUUGACGAAUGUGAGUCCGAACCCUGCCAGAAUGGAGGCACUUGUGAGGAUAAGAUCAACGGCUACACCUGUACAUGCUCUGGAGGAUUUCUAGGUGAGCUGUGUGAGGUGGACGUUGACGAGUGUGAGAGCCAGCCCUGCCAGAACGGCGGCUGGUGUGAGGAUGGCAGGGCCUCCUACACUUGCCACUGUCCCGAGGCGGAGCCCGGCGAACUCCCCUGGGGAGGCGAUCACUGCGACGUGAAACUCUACGGCUGUGUGGACCACGAAUGCCAGAACGGAGCCACCUGCCACCCAUGGCUGGAGGGCGGCGAACAGGGUCACACCUGCCUGUGCCCUCACGGCUUCUACGAUGAGCAGUGCUCCACGAGGACGACCUUCUCCUUCUCCACUCCUGGAUUCAUUCACAUCGAGGUUGUGCUCGAAGAAAGGACACGGAGGGAGGUCGAGCACCGCGUUCACCGCGGUAUUGGGGUGCAGCUGCGCUUCCGGACCACUCUGCCCGACAUGUUGCUCUUCUACAGAGGGGACGCGGACAACCACCUCAUCUUGGAGAUCGUGAACAGAGGUCUUCGCGCAAAAGCCUUGUCUGAGGAGUCUGAACUGGAUGUUACAUUCCCUGGUUUAGUUAGCGAUGGAGACUGGCGGGACGCUCACGUGUUCGUAGAUAAGGAAGGCCUGGUUCUGAUUCUGAAAGGCCGUGGCUGCGACCGGGACGGAUGCAGAGUUACAGAUGGCGGUGCGGAUGACCCACCCUUCCAGCCCUCAGAAGCGUUCACUCACAUGUAUGUAGGCGGAGCACCGGAGGAGCUUUUAGAGUUCUCUGCAAGCGGUGCAGGCUUCAUCGGAUGUAUGGAAGACCUGAUGAUCGACUCUAAUCCUAUCCUACCGCAAACACUUCCAAAGGACCGAGGCCAUGAGCUGGGAUGCAGUAAGACGGAUUGGUGUAAGCCGGACCCGUGCCAUGGACACGGACGCUGUGUGGACCUGUGGACCAACUACCAGUGUGACUGCUACCGGCCCUUCCAUAGCGAGAGGUGCUCUGAAGAGUUCCCGUCCUGGACAUACAGCCACGAGGACACGGUGAGCUUCAGUGUCUACGAUGUCGGCAGGAGCCACGAGAGCAACUUCAGCGUGUCCUUCUUCCUGACGUCGUUGAAGCCAGACGGGCUGCUGUUCCAGCUGAGGAGACCCACCGAGGAAGAGGGCGGAGAGGUCUACUUCUCCGUCUACCUGGGCAUGGGGAGGGUUUUUGUCAGCUCUCUGCCUAACAGCGCCUCACUAACAGCACCCAUAUUUGUGACCACCGGCGAGAAGCAGCUUCUGCAGGUGGAGGUCCACCACAGACAGGUGAUCUUUGAGCAUGCGGGCCUUCGCUACGGGAUCGGAGAGAUCCCUGAAGUGACUGUCAACAGUGGGGAUCAGGCUUACGUAGGGGGACUCCCAGAAGACUGGGACUCCAACGCGUGGGGGGGGCAUUACAAAGGUUGCCUGCAGGACCUUCGCUUGGACUCGGUGCACCUAGACGUGGAUGCCUGGAACAACUCGGACCAGGAGGGAGCGUAUCUCCCAAGUGAUGCUGAAAAUGUGCAGCAGGCCUGCGUCAGCGAUGAUACUUGCAAGAUGAAGCCGUGUCUCAAUGGAGGAGAAUGCAGCGUCACGUUCAACGACUUCUUGUGUUCGUGUUCGCCGCAAUACACCGGGAAGACCUGCGAGACACGUGUGUGGUGCAUUAGUGAUCCUUGUGUCCAUGGCAGCCACUGUGUGGACCUGCCUGAUGGAUAUGAAUGUGUGAGCAACGCCACGUUUGAGAACAACCCUGUGCACUACAGCGCUGGAGGCUCCCUGGCUGAGCCCGUCUCGAGCAUAUACAUGGAGCUGCGGACCCGGUCAGAGAACGCCGUGCUCCUGAGGGCCUCCCGGGGCUCGGACCUGCUGAUGGUGGCUCUGCUGGACUCGUCGGUCCGGGUGGAGAUCCACAUUGGCAACAGCGUUGAGGCGCUGGCCUUCACGGGAGUUCGCAGAGUGGCCGACGGGGGCUGGCACCGCGUAAACAUCUCCAUGGCCGGGAAGGAGCGCAAAGCCUCUCCCUGGGUCAUCACCGUGGACGGAAUCACGGACGCCAGCAGCGCGCCGCAGCGCACGGGAAGCCUCCGCUUCCUCAACGAGAAGGGGGCCACGUUGGCCAUCGCAGAGAGCUUCACCGGCUGCUUUGGGGCGGUGAGGGUGGGCGGAGUCUACCUUCCUUUUGUGUACGACUAUAAAGCCCCGCAGCCGUCUCAGUUCCACCCAGCUGGAAAGCCAAAGAUCCAUUUGGGUUGCACCAGUGCCCCGGUGUGUGACUCAGAUCCUUGUGUCAACGGGGCCACUUGUGAGGACCUCUUUAACAAAUUGGGCUGCGUCUGUGACUCGGGUUGGGAGGGAGAGCUGUGCGAGACGGACACCGAUGACUGUGCGCCUCAGCCCUGCGUCCACGGGAGCUGUAAGGACUACUUGGCUGGUUUCGAGUGCCGCUGCCACCCCGGAUACGCCGGCGAGCUCUGCGACGAGGACCUUGACGAGUGUGAGCGUCACGCCUGUGAACACGGAGGCACCUGUCACGACGGACCCAACAUGUACACCUGUACGUGCCCCAAGGGCCACAGUGGCCCUCGCUGCCAGUGGGACUACCCUCCGAUACAGUGUGGUGAAGAUGUCCAGUGUGACAACGAUGGAGUCUGCGAUGACGGGCUGUGGGGAGCCAACUGCACAUGUAUGCCUGGUUUUACAGGCAGCAGGUGUGAGUCGGAGAUCGAUGAGUGCGAGUCGAACCCGUGUCGGAACGGCGGCUCCUGUUUGGACCGGUUCAACAUGUUUGUGUGUGAAUGUCCGCCCGGCUACAGCGGGCCGACCUGCGACACCAACAAACAAGCCCACAAACAAGCGAUCCCCUGGCUGGUGGUGGCCAUCCCGCUGCUCUGCUUCUGCGUGCUGACCCUGAUCAUCGGCUUGACCUUCGUGGCGCUAACGGCGAGGAAGAAGCGGCAGUCGGAGGGCGCGUACAGCCCCAGCACCCAGGAGGUGGCCGGGGCGCGGCUGGAGAUGGACAGCAUGCUCAAAGUCCCGCCGGAGGAAAGACUCAUCUGA